UCCGCCCUUUAAAUCCUAUACCCUUGCAGUAUUUUCUUCAAAAUUCAAAUACUUACCAAAACAAGGCAUUGUGCAGAACCUGUGUACAUGUAGCUGCUUUGCACGUUCAAUAUCACUAUUGAAGGUCAACUGUCUGACGAUUUUGUGUUGCUUUCUGUAUGAAUCCCCUACCAUUUGAUAGAUCAAAUGACUUUUCUUAAACUUAAAUCCAAUGUUUUCUUUGAAAAAUAAUACACAAUAAUGUAGAGAUUCGUAAAUGUAUUUCGUGGACGCUUGCCAACGUAAACAAUAAAACAUAAAAUCCAUUUUAUGUCAUUGUAAAAUAUACAUCUGAUAUUAUAUAAGAUAUUUAUAGUUUAUACGUUGCCUUCAACAUUGGAUUUAAUCAUUUGAGCAUUUGCCAAUAUAGUAUGUUUACAAACUUUGAUGUAUUAUGUUGGCUCAUAACAUUUUAAUAAGGUAUUCAAACGAACAUGGUAUACGAAACUAUGAUUUAUUUUUCAGGAUAUAUUAAAUAAUGGUGGGGGACUGUGUUAAAUCAUCAAUAUUAAAUUAAAUUAAAAUGCAUGUGUAAGGCGAAACAUUAUACGAGUACAUUUUAUUCAGCAGAAAUUUGAAAAGGUGAUGCAGUUUACAUGGAGAGUUGUACAUGGAAACAUUGUACUGUGCAACAAAUAAUCAACGAUAUCAUAUUAUAAUUAACAAUGUCAGCAGCACAAGUGUUCGCUGAAUAACGAAAAUGAUUUAGUAAAAAAUAAGUAAAGCCAAAUUGUAAGGCAUUUAAUACACAUGAACAGAUCUCUAAACUAUAAAAUGAAUAAAACGGUACUUGAAACGCUCAUAUCAGAAACACAUGGACAGUUUCAACACAAUUUAUGUAGAAACAUCGUUCCAGAACCAACCAAUGCCUACAUUUGUCCAAUUCCUUACGAUCACGACUAUACUUUACCUAUUUGUAAAGUUGUUAACAAUGAAACAUUACCAGCUCCUGCUAUAACAAUAAAUGAUUCAAAUAUUUUUGAUGUUGAUAAUCUGUCGUCAAAAGUUCCCUCUGAAGUUCAAUAUGAAAGUUAUAAGGAUCAUGAUAAAAGGCUGUUGACGUUCCAAAAUUGGGGAGGACGGAAACCAGAUGCAAAGUCUCUAAACCAAGCUGGAUUCUUUUACACUGGCGUUGGAGACACGAUCCGCUGCUUCACGUGUGGCAUUAAUAUUAAAGACUUUGCUGAAGAUAUGAAACCAAUCAAGGAACAUAUUAGACAUUCUGACCAGUGCCCAUAUCUGCUGAUUCUUCUCGGUGAAACUAGGCUUGAAGAAUGUAAGAAACACCUUCGUACCCACGAUAGUGAAUACAAAAAAAGAGUCACAAACUCUAGGUAG